CCCACCUCUCCGGAAGCUUUCAUUCGCGAAGCCGCACAACACAACGCAACGCCGCGCUUCCGCCUCUCCACCCGCCGCCGCCUCCCUCGCCGGCUUGCCGCCGCCGCCGCGGUCGCGAGGCGGAGACCUUGCGGGACGAUCGGAGCGACGUCCCUCUACACCCCUCCCCCUCCGCAGCGGCGAGAAGAACAAGGGGGCCGCCCGCCAUGCUGCGCCGGUGCGUGCGGGAUCUGUACCCGCUGCGGCCUCUUAGGAGGAUCCCUAGGCCGAUCUCCAGCGAGGUCCCAAGUCCAGCAUUUCUUCGACCCAGAAGCAAGUCGACAAAAGCUUCCCAACAGAGUUCAACACAGAAUACUGUCCCUGGCCCUCAAGGAGAACCUUCUCAGUCAGGAAGCAAUGUUCCGAAAGUUCUGCUUGGAACUCUGAUGGUCGGCGCUGCUGCUAUGGCUGCUUAUCAAGCUGGCUACAUAGACGAUCAAUUUAAGGAUAUAAUAUUUCCCUCUACAAUGAAGGAAAAAAAUAUCAGAAAGAUAUACGAUGAUCUGAAGGCUCCUUCUGAACAAAAAGUUGAUGAGAAGCAAGUAGUAUCAGAUCCAAAUGUUGACAUUGUUCAGAACAGUAACAACGAGGCUCAUCCUCAAAAGGACCUUCCAACUGAAGGGAUGGGUCCACCAGAAAUUCCAACCACUGAUGAGCAGACUGUUUCCUCUGAAGAAAAGGAAAAAGAAACCCUUGCCCAGGGGACACCGCAAAUUCCAGAUGAACAUGGAGCUGCUGCUAAACCACUGUCCCAAGAUAUUCCUGUUAUUGACAUAAAUCCAAGUGUUGAUGAUAAGGCAACAGGAGAAGUUCUUCCUGAACAAACUGACAAGACAACCACUUCAGUUUCUCCGGUACAAUCGAGCCUAGCAACAGCAGGUCCUUCCCAUCAUGUACACACAGAUACAGAUGGACCAAAGGAUCCAUCAAGCGCUGGUGCAGUUGAACAUAAAUCUCUGGCUGAGACAUAUUUACUACAAGAACCUGAUAAUUCUAAAGACAUGGGUGCUAAGGAAAGUAAACACGAUGGUGUUAUUAGUACGGGAACUUCUGAUGAUGGGAAAAUUGUACUUGAUAUCAUAGAGGCUAUUCAUGCUGCUGAAAGAAAGCAGGCAGAUGCAGAUGCUUACAUGUAUUCAGAAGAGAAAAGGAAGUUGAAGGAGAAAUAUGAAAAGGAGCUGAAGGACACCAGGGCUCGGGAGCUCAUGUAUGCUGAAAAGCAGCAAUUCUGGCAAGAUCGUGAGCUGAAGAAAGAGAAAUUGAAGUCAGCUGCUGUGAUUAAGGAACUGCAAGAAAAUGCUGAACAAAAGCUAAGGGAUGAGCUGCAGCAGAAGGAUGAGGAAACAAGUCAACAAGUUGAGAAGGUUCGCGAGUUAGCAAAGGCUGAGCUUGCUGCAGCUCUUGCAAAAGAGAGAGCAUCCCAGAUCGAACAGAUUGCUGAAGCAAAUCUCAAUAUAGAUGCUUUGUGCAUGGCGUUUUAUGCACGAUCUGAAGAAACUCGGCAGAGUCAUUCGGUUCAUAAGCUUGCUCUGGGUACUCUUGCUUUGGAAGAUGCUCUAUCCACUGGAUCACCAAUCCGGACAGAGGUGGAUCAAUUGCGCAAAUCUCUUGAAGGUAUUGAUAAGGACUCACUGUUAGAAUUGGCUCUUUCAUCAAUUCCAGAAGAUGUUCUCGAGUACGGAUCAGAUACCCCUAUGGAUUUGAAACAAAAGUUUAAUUCCUUGAAGGAAACAGUCAGGCAUUUCAGCCUUAUACCAGCGGGUGGUGGUGGUAUGCUGACUCAUGCUGUUGCUCAUGUGGCUUCAUCCAUUAAGAUCAAAGAGGACCAAUCUGGAGACGGAAUUGAGUCUCUUCUAAACAGAGUGGAGAACUUGAUUAUACAUGGAGACUUGAGUGCAGCAGCGGAGGCCUUGGAAAGAGGGUUACAAGGGAGUGAAGCAGCAGAAAUAGCUAGCGAGUGGGUGAAGCAGGCAAGGAAACGUGCAAUAGCAGAGCAGACGCUUACUCUCCUCCAUUCUUAUGCUUCUUCCAUCACAUUCUCGUGAUUUUGUUCAUCAAUGUAGUAUUCAACAAGAUCUGCGAGUUACAGACUUACGUUACUCAGUCCAAUCACAAAUAUCUUAAGACCAUAUUGCAAAUACCUGAAUAUAUAGGAGCCAGAGCCAUUCCUGUCAGGCGGCUGCUGAACUUUCCUCCUUUUAACAGAGCUAAUAAUUUUUGGCAUGUAGCUACAAGCUACUUGGCAUUCUUGAUGUUUUAGUCGCCAGUUGAGGCACAAUUUGGAUAGAAUUGCCGAUUUUGCUGCGGAUGUAAAUUUUCUUCUGUACAAUGAUGAUGAUUUUCGGGGGUCGAGUUUAUGAAAUCAGAAAUCCUGAUGCUGGCUAGUA